AGGUACCCGCUACUGUGCUUGCGUAAUGCGUAAUGAACCACGUAACAGGGUCCUCUCGGUGUGCGGUGAGCGGCAAAACCUCGGCAUUCAGCCAAGUCCCGAUGCUCAACUUUCUAGCCGCACGUCUCUCGCCUUGAAUGUUCGACCUCAUCUUUCGCGACCCAACUUCCACACCCGGACACCCACUGCCUCAUCAUGGAUGACCUUGAGUCGCUCGAGCUGCUAUCCCUCGUGUCGAAAGUCACGUCGGAGUUGCAAAACCAUUUGGGCAUCAGCGAGAAGACCCUGGCCGAAUUCGUCAUCGCGAAACGACUAGAAUGCGGCUCCUUUGCCGAUUUCAAGAAGAUGCUGGCGGGGGUUGGCGCGGAAUUCCCACCCAGUUUGGUGGAGAGCGUAGAUCGCCUUGUCCGGUCCAUGCACCCCAAGUUCAAAGGCCAGGCGCAGAACGGUGCACUCGAGGAUGAGGCUCAACAAGGCCGGUCUGCGGAGGAGAAGGAGCGAGUCUUCCGUGGCCUUACCCUUCCAGACAAGGAAGUCGAGUACGAAGAUGGCAUUAUGGACGGCAAAGAGACCGACGCGAUUGAUGACACGCUGGCCAUGUUGGAGAACCUAGAAGGGAAGGCGCGCAAAGAGAGGGUGUCGAGGAAGAGGAGCCGGAGCCCCGAGGACGAACACGAUGACUCGAGGCGCAGGCGGAAAGACAAAUACCGGUCACGGUCGAGAUCACGCUCCAGAGGCCGCCGGAAAGGCGACCGUUAUGAUGAUGAAGGGUACAAGUCAUCGCGCAACGGCUACAAGGAAAAGAGAAAAGGUCGAAUCGAUGGUGACGACGACAUAUUCAAGCGCCCGCCCCCACCCGAGUUGGACGACGAGCCCAUACUUUACAAAGUAUACGACGGGCACGUUACGGGAAUCAAGGACUUUGGGGCCUUUGUGAACCUCCAUGGCAUUCGGGGGAAGGUUGACGGACUGGUCCACGUCUCCGCAUUGGUUGAAGGCCAGCGAGUCAACCAUCCUUCUGACCUCGUCUCCAAAGGCCAGAACGUGAAGGUGAAGGUUGUCAAGAUGGAGGGAAACCGGAUAGGCUUAUCCAUGAAAGAUGUGGAUCAGGAGUCUGGACAGGAUCUUGCCCCACAAGCCAGGAUAGAGUCGGGGGCGAACAUGGAGGCUCUGGGAGGUGGAAGAAAUGGAAACGGCCUGGUGGAGGAUGUGGCGGUAGCCUUCCAGACUCCCACCGCCCCUCCAAGGCGGCAGAAGAAACGGAUGACAUCGCCCGAACGCUGGGAGAUACGGCAAUUGAUCGCGUCAGGGGUUGCUAAAGCCUCCGACUAUCCAGACCUCGAGGAAGACUACCACUCGACUCUCACCGGAGAGGGCCAUAUGGAGCUGGAGGAGGAGGUGGAUAUCGAGAUCCGAGAAGAGGAACCUCCUUUCCUUGCCGGUCAAACCAAGCAGUCUCUCGAGCUAUCACCCAUCAGGGUCAUUAAGGCCCCCGACGGAUCUCUUAACCGCGCUGCUAUGGCGGGUACCAACCUGUCCAAGGAGAGGAAGGAAAUGAGGCAGCAAGAGGCCGACGCAAAAGAUGACGAAAACAAGGUUGAUUUGUCCUCACAAUGGCAAGACCCCAUGGCAAACCCCGAGCACCGGAAAUUUGCUCGCGACGUCCGCAACACUCAACCAGCUGCCAAGACUGAUGCUGUGCCUGAAUGGAAGAAAGCAAUCCAGCCCAAGGAUGAAUCUUAUGGUAAGAGGACGAGCAUGACAAUCAAGCAGCAACGAGAGUCCCUGCCGGUCUUUGCAUUCAGGGAUCAACUCAUUACUGCCGUGAGGGAGAAUCAGAUCAUGAUCGUUGUCGGAGAAACUGGUUCUGGCAAAACGACCCAGCUUACCCAAUACCUUGCUGAGGCUGGGUUUACGAACAACGGCCUUAUUGGCUGCACACAGCCUCGCCGUGUCGCCGCCAUGUCAGUUGCGAAGCGUGUCGCCGAGGAAGUAGGCUGCCAGCUUGGCCACGAGGUCGGCUAUACAAUCCGGUUCGAGGAUUGCACUGGCCCAUCAACGCAAAUCAAGUACAUGACCGAUGGCAUGUUGGAGCGUGAGAUUCUGGUGGAUCCGGACUUGAAGCGGUAUUCAGUCAUCAUGCUUGACGAGGCCCACGAGAGAACCAUAUCAACCGACAUUCUAUUCGCUCUGUUAAAGAAAACAGUCAAGCGCAGGCCUGACUUGAAGGUUAUCGUCACCUCUGCCACCCUGGAUGCGGACAAGUUCUCGUCAUACUUCAACGAAUGCCCGAUCUUCACCAUCCCUGGACGAACCUUCCCUGUCGAGAUCCUGUACUCGAGGGAGCCAGAAUCAGACUACCUCGACGCUGCCUUGGUUACUGUCAUGCAAAUCCACCUGACAGAGCCAAUGGGAGACAUCCUUCUCUUCUUGACUGGCCAGGAAGAAAUCGAUACUAGCAGCGAGAUUCUCUAUGAGCGCAUGAAGUCACUUGGCCCGAAUGUGCCUGAGCUUAUCAUCCUGCCUGUAUACUCUGCACUUCCAAGUGAGAUGCAGAGCCGCAUCUUCGAACCGGCGCCUCCUGGGAGCCGGAAGGUUGUUAUCGCCACCAAUAUCGCCGAGACGUCAAUUACUAUUGACCACAUUUACUAUGUGGUCGAUCCUGGCUUUGUGAAGCAGAAUGCUUAUGACCCGAAGCUUGGAAUGGAUUCCCUGGUUGUCACUCCGAUUUCUCAAGCACAGGCAAAUCAGAGGGCUGGUCGAGCCGGCCGGACCGGUCCAGGAAAGUGCUUCCGGCUUUACACUGAGGCUGCCUACCAGUCUGAGAUGCUUCCCACGACAGUGCCUGAGAUCCAACGCCAAAACCUUUCCCAUACCAUCCUCAUGCUGAAAGCUAUGGGCAUCAACGACCUUCUCCACUUUGACUUUAUGGACCCACCCCCUAUCAACACUAUGCUUACGGCCUUGGAAGAACUCUAUGCCUUAUCUGCAUUAGAUGACGAGGGCCUGCUCACGCGAUUAGGAAGGAAGAUGGCUGACUUUCCAAUGGAACCGUCACUUGCCAAGGUUCUUAUCGCGGCAGUUGAUAUGGGAUGCUCAGACGAAAUGCUCAGCAUUGUCGCCAUGUUGAAUCUGCCCAACGUGUUCUAUCGACCAAAGGAAAAGCAAGGGCUGGCCGACCAGAAGAAAGCCAAGUUCCACGACCCCCAGGGUGAUCACCUGACCCUACUGAAUGUGUACAACGCGUGGAAGACCAGCGGAUUUUCCAGUCCCUGGUGUUUCGAGAACUUCAUCCAAGCCCGGUCGAUGCGCCGUGCAAAGGAUGUGCGGGACCAGAUCGUCCGGAUCAUGGAACGAUACCGCCACCCGAUCGUGAGCUGUGGACGGAACACCCAGAAGGUACGGCAGGCGUUGUGCAGCGGUUUCUUCCGCAACAGCGCGAGGAAGGACCCGCAGGAAGGCUACAAGACCCUAAUCGAGGGCACCCCCGUGUACCUGCACCCGAGCUCGGCACUCUUCGGCAAGCAGGCCGAGUGGGUCAUCUACCACACGCUGGUCCUCACCACCAAAGAGUACAUGCACUGCACGACUGCCAUUGAGCCGAAGUGGCUGGUGGACGCGGCACCCACGUUCUUCAAGGUUGCCCCAACGGACCGGCUGUCCAAGAGGAAGGCGGCGGAGCGAAUACAGCCGCUGUAUAACAAGUAUGCCGGGGAGGAUGAUUGGAGGCUCAGUGCCCAGAGAAGGGGUGGACGGUCUGGUGGCGGAGGUGGAACGUGGGGAUAAGGGGGGGAUCUUUUACCAAGUCACGGGGUCAGAAAGAUUCCUUUUCCCCCAUUCCGGCUUCGCUUAUCGUCGAGUUUCGAUCUAUCAUGGCUUCUGGUUAGAGCGAGGUGUUGAGCUGGGGCAGCAUGUGGCUAUCCCCUCGAAAUAGAAACUGAGAUAUCGAGCACAGAAAGUGACGAGUCCCUCCGAUAAUCCAGGCGUUAGACAUGAUCGGAUGGAGAUAAAUUUGCCACUGCAUGCGAUUACCUUUAUACCUACACUGCGUUGAGUUCCCUCCACCCCGAAAACCUUACGGUGGACUUGACUUCCUGACGAGCAACCGGAGUUUGAAUGCUUUUUGGUGACCGGUACCUGCUCUGGACAUUGACAGAAGACCGACCGCGGAUGCCUCCCCGAGCUC